AUGACUUCUAAACUUCACCAUGGAGAUGGCUGUGACGAUGGUGCAUCAAAGCCAAUCCACUUCUUCAGGAUCAUCCACCGUGACAAUCUUAUUAUGCAAGAAAAGCUAAGGCUUCCAGUAAGGUUUGUGAGGAAAUAUGAAAAACAUUUACCCAACACAAUGUUUCUUAAGCUUCCAAAUGGUGCAGAAUGGAAAGUAAAUUUGGAGAAAAGUGAUGGUAGUGUUUGGUUUCAAAAAGGGUGGAAAGAGUUUGUGGAGUAUCACUCUCUAGCCCAUGGGAACUUUUUGGUUUUCAGAUAUGAUGGAGCAUCCCAUUUUCAUGUACUCAUCUUGGAUCUCAGUACAAUGGAAAUAGACUACCCUGUCAACAAGUCUCAUAAAAGGGCCAGCAAAAGAGAAGAAAUUCAACCACGCAAGACACAGAAAACCAAUGGAAAUAUAAAAAAUGAGAGUGAUUCCAAAUUGAAGGAAGCCUUUCAUAAAAAAUUCAGAGACUGCAAAGGCAUGAUUCUAGAUUCCAAGCGUAGGUUCAAAAAACACACUGAAGGGUCAUCCAUUAGUAAUCGUAGAACUCAUGAUGCUGCUGGCAACACUUCCUUUACUGUGAUGAUAAAAUCAAGCCACUUAAAUAAGUACAUGUAUCUGCCAAAGGGGUCACUGAAGGGCUACAUCAAACCUGGUGGACAAAAUGUCACCCUGCUGGUUAGGGAUAAAUCAUGGAGGGUUAAUUUGAUUCAUUACCAAGAUAAAUCAACUAGUUAUUUUACUGCACAUUGGUCAACUUUUGCUAGGGAAAACCAUUUAAAAAAAGGAGAUACUUGCUUAUUUCAACUCCUGGAGAGUAGGGGUGACAUGGUGAUGAAGGUUUCCAUUUCCAAUUAA